AUGCGCAGCACGGAAGUGUUAGUGUUUUUAGUGUUUUGUUUUAUUGCCACAGCGCGAUGUUCUUUACGAAAAGAUGCAGACUAUUGGACUAAGCUAGCUACAGAUGAGCUUGAGGAAGCAUUGAACGUCAAACGGAACGUUAAUCGCGCGAAGAAUGUGAUCCUCUUCAUCGGAGACGGCAUGGGACCUAGCACCGUCACAGCCACUAGGAUAUACAAGGGUGGGGAAUCCUUCAAGCUGGCAUAUGAGACAUUCCCACACGUAGGACUGUUAAAGACUUACUCAGCUGACAAGAUGGUGCCGGAUUCCGCGAGCACGGCCACAGCUUUGCUUUGCGGAGUGAAGGUGAACCAGUACACGGUUGGCGUGGACUCCACUGUUAAGCAUAAAGACUGUGCUGCUUCUCUCAAUCCCAAAGCACACCUGGAUUCUUUGGCUGCUUUAGCCUUGAAAGCUGGAAAGAGUGCAGGCUUCGUGACAACAAUGCGCGUCACACAUGCCACUCCGGGUCCACUUUACGCCCACUGCGCUACCAGAGCGUGGGAGUGCGAUGGGGACAUGCCCGCUGAGGCAGAAAACUGUAAAGACAUCGCAAGACAAUUAGUUGAGGAUUGGCCGGGAAGAGACCUCAACGUAAUUAUGGGAGGCGGUAGACAAGGCCUCACGCCGAACUCUACGGGCACUCCCACCGACCCCACCAGCUCCUGGGCCUGCUCCCGACGGGACGGCAGGAAUCUGAUCGGAGAGUACAAGAAGGAUAAAGAAGCUAGAAGACUGAAAUACAGCGUGGUGUCUAAUACUAGAGAAUUGCGGGAGUUUAAUACGACUGAUUAUCUGCUAGGUAUAUUCGCCAACGAGCACUUACGAUACGAGAGUGAAAGAAACAAGGCGGCGGAUGGCAUGCCAUCGAUCAGUGAAAUGACAGAAGCUGCGAUCAAAGUGCUGCAAAGAAAUUCCAACGGAUUCUUUCUUAUGAUUGAAGGUGGUAAUAUAGAUAUGGCUCAUCACCGUGGCCGAGCCAAGGUAGCGAUAAACGAGUCCUCAGCCAUGGACGAUGCGGUGAGGCUGGCAGUCAGUAUGACAGAUGAGAGAGACACGCUCAUCGUGGUGACAAGCGAUCAUGCGCACGCUCUGCAGAUCAACGGAUAUCCUGACAGAGGGUCCAAUCUUUUUGGAUCGAUAGGUCCGUCUAAGCACGACGGUCUGAACUACACUAUACUAUCCUACGGGACCGGCGGGCCGGGCUCCUUCCAGUACACGGUAGAAACCAACGAGAACGGAAGUCACGUAGUCAGACAAGACCCCAGUAAAGUUGACACAAAUAGUUUCAAGUACGAGCAAAUAGCUGCUAUACCCCUUGACGAGAACAUACACGGGGGUGUAGAUGUUGCGGUAUAUGCUAGGGGUCCCUACGCCCAUUUGUUCCACAACGUCCACGAGCAGAACUACGUUUACCACGUGAUAUCUUACGCUGCGAGUAUUGGUCCAUACUCUACGGGGCACGCCCUGCAAAUAAAUGUUGCCAUAUAUUUGACAACUCUACUAACAUUGGUAGGAUUUAGUGUAUGACUUUUCCUGAAUGGACAUUUUAGAAGUCAAUUGUUUUAGUAUUAGGCUUAAUUCAUCGUUAUCCUUACUUACAUUACUAUUCUGAAAUAUUUACUUGUUCUUUACUUUCAUGUUAAUUUCAAAGAAACUUAAGCUUGAUGGUACUUUUAAAAAUGAUAUACAUUACAAAUUUUUAAUAAUGAUUGGACUUGAAGGCUUUGUUUUCUGGUGAUCCUACUAAUAGGUCCUCCCUAGUGAAACAAUCUGAAGAUUGUAAUAGACACAGCUCAAUACGUCGUUAAGAACAUACUGGAACCGUGUACACGACUAAUAUCCAAAAGCCACUCCACUUUAAUGGUGUUUCUCGAAAGGGCGGUUAGUCACUUUAUACCAUUUAGCAGUUGAAAGUAAUUAUAUAAUCUCUAAAGUUCUAAGUUCUAAACGUUUACCAUAAAAUGGGAAAAAGUUUGUGAGCUAGCAACAUUCGAGUGUGAAGAAAGAAGUGCCCGGGGCGUUUUCAGUGUUUUUAAACUCAUUGCACUGCAUUCAAUAACGGUUGAAUUAGGGUUUUGUAUGUUCUUCAUUAUGUGCCUAGCCCCCGACCCGUUUGCCCUUCCGGCUUCCGGCUUUUGUUUACACCAUCACCUAUAUAGUAACACUGAUCAUAAUAUUAAAUCAAUGUUUAAUAGUAUGAAACGUCUUCAAAUCAAGAGUGAAGAGGCAUCUUCUAGGCGCUCCGCUUAGUCUAAAUCAUCAGGUAUGAUUGCAAUCAAACGUUACGACUGUAUCUAAAAAAUCUCGCAAUAUGUAUCAUUGUUUAAUAACCACAACUGAAUUGAUUUGUAAAAAAAAUUGCGCUUUCUGUUAAUCAUAUGACUGUACAUUUUUGUAAAGCAAUGUGUGAUAUAUUAAAUUUUUGUAAUAAACUGAGUGCCUAAUUGAAAAUAUCUAGCAUU